AUGUCUUCCAAUAACCAUCUCCUAACCCUUCCAACCCAAAUGCACUUUUCAGUUACGUUCUGUCAUCCCUACCACCUUAUCGACCACAAUUCGAUCCAUCAAUUUACUCUCAAAACCAAAUGUUUGUGUUCAGCCGUUUCCCUAUGUCGACGACGACAACGAGUGUACGAGACGAGUAGUUCUUUGUCCUCCUCCACUCCUUUUCCAUCGUUCAUUUCCAGCAGCUAUAUCAUAAAAUUAUUAAAUUUUGGACUUGCACCCAAGACACCAAAUGUUGGUUUUCCUAAACCAGACCCUAAACAUGCUGAGACCAUUCACGCGUUGCCACGUGGACUCUCUGGGAAAAACAUAUCAGCCAAAGAACGCAAAGCUGGACGUGUCCCAAGUAUUGUGUUUGAGCAAGAAGAUGGACAACAUGGAGGCAACAAAAGGCUGAUUUCUGUUCAGAAUAAUCAAAUCAAGAAACUUGUAAAUCAUCUUGGAACUUCUUAUUUUCUUUCACGCCUCUUUGAUCUUGAGGUGAGGGCUGAUGUUGAAAGUGAUGAUGUUAUUGAGAAAGUUCGUGUCUUGCCUCGAUUGCUUCAUCUUCAUGCUGCUACAGAUGCUGUGCUGAAUGUGACAUUUGUAAGAGCACCAUCUCAUGCUUUAUUGAAGGUUGAUGUUCCACUUGUGUUUAUUGGAGAUGAUGUGUCCCCUGGGUUGAAAAAAGGGUCUUAUCUAAACAUCAUUAAAAGAACAGCAAAGUUCAUAUGUCCAGCGGAUAUAAUCCCUCCAUUUAUUGAAGUGGAUUUAAGCGAAUUAGACGCGGAUUGCUGGUGCAAGGGCUUCUUUAGAACAAAAGAAGUCCAAAUAAUCACUACCAUUUAUUUUCUCAAGGAAAGACGGUAUGGAUUUUGGUUCGAAAUUUUCCUUCAGUCCCAAUAAAGUUAAAAUGGUGUUUUGUUGGCUUGUUUUUUACUGCAUGGAAUUUUGUCACCCUAUUUAAGUAGUGUUUUCAGGGAUAGGUAUUUUGUUGGAUUAAAGUUUUAAUAUAAAAUUAAGAUAACUAGUGAAAGAUUGAUUUCAAGAUUAUUUAGGGUCUAUUAUUGUUUGUGAUCAAUGUUUGAUACGUGAGACGUGACUAGAUUUGACUGGAU